CCAAAAUAAGAUAAGGUGUUCAAGUUUAUUAUAACCGUAUAUGUGAUUCGUAGUGGACGGAUUCGAUUCAAAAUGAGUUUUAAAUAUUACUUCGAGAGAACAUUGGGUUGGAUGUUGAACAAUAAAAUUAUCGUCUUACUCAGUCUGUUAUCCUUCUGUUUGUUUGUUUCGACGUUAGCGAUUGCCGGACAAAGGAAUAGAUUGAGUAGAGAAAUAGCGGAUUUAACUUCAACACCACCGACAGCUGCGACAACUAUACAACAACCGGAAACAACUACAAACGGUGAUUCAGAACCCACAACGACAGUAGCAAGUGUUACUGAAAAAGAAACGGUUACAACAACAGCACAACCUGAAACAACAACCGUAUCAAACCAACCGAAACCUGAGGGUGAAGGUAAAUCAGAAGAACAGAGUUAUAGAAAUGAAAUAACAAACAGCAAAUUAUUGGACAUAUUAGGAUAUAGUGUAUAGUCAAUAUUGAAUAUAGUGGUAACAUGUAAAUGUUUAAUUUAACUUUUUAAAAUAUAACUACAAUAAUCACGUUUUUGUAUAA